AAAUGGGUCCUACUUGUAGCGGUGCAGCUGAUGUCUCGGUAACUCCAGAUUUUGCUCAAAUGAUACUCGAUAUCAUUAACAGAAUACGGAGUAAGGUAGCCGCAGGUACUGCCAAAGGGAAAGACGGUAUCAAUUUACCUAAAGGCUACGGGAUUUAUAGAUUGAAUUGGGACGAAGAACUGGCGACUUUUGCCCAAGUUUGGGCGAACCAAUGUAUUUUGAAGAGUGAUUUAUGCAGAGAUUCAAAAAGAUUUCCAAAAGUCGGCCAAACAUUAGGUAUGAGUCGAUUCACAAUUGACGAUUGGCAGCCGUUGCAUUCGUCGAAUUAUUUGAAUUCAUCAACACUCACUCAGGAUAAAGUUAAAUAUGCUAUAACGGCAGUUUUGAAGGCCUGGUAUGGUACGAGGGCAGACAUUACGCCUGAAGAUAUAAUACUGAAUGAUGAUCGACAUAACAACGCUACACUCCUGAUGAAUACGAACGAAGUAUUCGAUCGUUACGACGCCUUGAAAAGGGAUGAGGAGUCCUUGUCCUAG